GAGCUCCUCGGAGGUGUUAGUUGUCAAUAUGGCUGUUGUCAGACAGACAAAGCGGAGAGGCAAAUAAUUCGCCUCUGAUUAGAAAUCCUUGGAAAGGGGUCGGACAGGGCACUGUAAGCAAAUUGCUGUACAGUUCGGCUGCAGGAGAAGACACAGCGGGUCUUUGUUGGAGUUUUAAAGUUAAAUGGUUAAGUGGACGAUUUGAAUCGAGCAGCAGUAUGUCUGAAUUAAGCGAGGAGCCGCGCUUCACCAUCGAGCAGAUAGAUCUACUGCAGCGGCUGCGUCGCACCGGUAUGACCAAGCAGGAGAUCCUGCAUGCACUUGACACUCUGGACCGGCUGGACCGGGAGCAUGGUGACAAGUUUGGCCGCCGCACCUCCUCUUCUUCAUCCUCCUCGUCCUCCUAUGGAGUUGGGGGGGCAAACAACAACAACUCUGCCUCUACUACAUCAUUCAACAAUAACAACACUGCCUCGGCAACCACCACCUCUUCCAUAACGUGCAACGGCAGCAGCACCGGCGAGGGCAACACCGGUGACAACACUGCCGUUGCCGCCUCUUCCACAACCUCCAAAAUCUCCACAGCCACACAGACGCAGUUUGGCAGCGGAGGGGGACUCUCGUCAUCUCCGAGCAACAGCUACGACACCUCCCCUCCUCCGGGGCCGCCACCACCUUCCACUAUCUUGCCCUCGCCCGUCUCGCUGGUGGCUUUAACACAGAACGGCCGGGAUAGUCUAGCUGCCACACCCAACGGGAAGCUGUCUCCUCCAAGGUACCCGGUUAACAGUGCGGCUGCCGCUCGGGCGUUUGGGUUUGAGGCCACAGAAGAGGACCUGGACAUUGAUGAUAAAGUGGAGGAGCUCAUGAGGAGAGACAGCAGCAUGGUAAAAGAGGAGAUCAAAGCGUUCUUGGGAAACAGGAGGAUCUCUCAGGCAGUGGUGGCACAAGUUACAGGCAUCAGCCAGAGCAGGAUCUCCCAUUGGUUGCUGCAGCACGGCUCCGACCUGAGUGAGCAGAAGAAGAGGGCUUUCUACCGCUGGUACACGCUGGAGAAAACAUCACCAGGUGCCACUCUCAACAUGCGGCCAGCUCCGUUACCCAUGGAGGAGAUGGAGUGGAGGCAAACUCCACCACCCCUCACAACUGCCUCGGGGACCUUCCGGCUGCGUAGAGGAAGUCGCUUCACUUGGAGGAAAGAGUGCCUGGCUGUGAUGGAGAGCUACUUCAACGACAACCAGUACCCAGAUGAGGCCAAAAGGGAGGAGAUAGCAAAUGCCUGCAAUGCUGUCAUUCAGAAACCAGGAAAGAAGCUGUCGGAUCUUGAGAGGGUGACCUCCCUGAAAGUUUACAACUGGUUUGCCAACCGUCGCAAGGAGAUCAAGAGACGCGCUAACAUUGAAGCCACAAUCCUGGAGAGUCAUGGGAUCGAUGUCCAGAGUCCAGGAGGACACUCGAACAGCGAUGACAUCGAUGGGAAUGACUUCUCAGAGCAGGCAUGUGACCUGCCUUAUUUUGACAAGAGACCUCUCAGCCGACCUUUCAGUCUUUACCGACUGGAGCCCACCUCACCAACACAGGAUGACAGUGCAGCACACAGUGAGCACCAGGACCCUAUCUCAUUGGCUGUUGAGAUGGCUGCAGUCAACCACACCAUCCUGGCCUUGUCCAGAACUGGAGGAGCCCCCAGUGACAUCAAGACGGAGUGCCUGGAGGACGAAUGAACUACGCAGGAACAGAGAUGGAGGAGGGGGGCGAGAGAUAUGACAAGUCAAGAGCAGAAAGAAAAGAAGGAGGAGGAGUGGAAAACAGUGGGCUAACAUAAAAAAAAAGACCAAAUAAUGCUUCUUAGUAAACCUUUUGAAUCAGUCCCUCGACCCGCCCUGUGUUAAUGGUUCCAUCUCUCUCGGCCUCACUCCUCCUGUAACGUGUAAACAGUUAUUACAUCCCACCCCCACCCAACCCCGACCCAGUGUGUUGACACAGCUGGCGGAAAUGGGUCACUACAUGUCCUCUAACCUCUGAGAAAACGUUUCAUGGAAAGAAGAAAAAUGGUGGCAAUCCAGGCCUUUAAUGCCCAAAAGGGUGGUCCUGGAGUUGGAUCAUGUCUCCCAGGAACUCCCCCCUCUCCGCUGUAUACACUCUCUUCUCACAGGAUACCUCUUCUCUCUCCUCUCCCCUUCCCUAUUCUCCCUCUCCUUCCCUCUUUAGCCUGGUUGUCUGAGCCAAUCCUCAGUCUAUCAAACCUCAGAAUCAACCUCAGAAAAAAUAACAUGUAUAUAGAAUAUAUAUAUGGUUCUUAUGGUUCUCAGUCACACUCAGCUCAUUGUGCGCUACCUACCUACCUACCUUACCUACCUACCUACCUGCCGACCUACAUACUCCUGAAAGUCGCCCUUUUCAUUGUGCAAUUGUAAGUAAAGCAGCCACCAGCUGUUGUCUGAUGGAAAGGUGGACUGUAAGGGUUUCCUGCUCUCCUCCUCCUGCACAGAGAGGGUUGGACAGGUGGCUGCAAACUGGACAGUCCGGUUGUCUUCUACUGAAGACCUGCUGUUGAAUGAAAACCACUAAAAAAGCAAGAAACAGCCUUAAUUUCAUACAGCUAAGUACACCUUUACUUUAUACAGUACACAUACAGCAGGUUUCCUCUGUGUCAACAGGUAUCAUAAAGACACUUUAUAGUACAUUUUUAAAAUGCCAGAGUUAAGGUAAGGUUUAUAUUCAACAGCAACACUGGUUUGAGUUCUAUCGCCUGCAUUUCCCUCUGUAAUCAUGAGCCAUUUGGGCUGAAUACAAUCAUUUUGCCUUGAUAUUUAGCCUCCCAGUGACACUAUUGUCUAGUACUCAAGGCUAUGAGAAUAAAUUUAGGGUCAAUGUGAUAAUCAAGCAAACCUAAGCUAUGUGAUAAGGGGAAUUGUGCUGUUUUAAAUGUCAUACAUGCCAAAGGAUAAGAUGCAAAAAGCGAAGAGGCUAGCAAAGACUUGAAAACAUUGUCUGCAAUCAUCCAAAGUCACCUCUACUGACUGCUUUGGCAAACGUAGAUUGUUCAUGCUAAGAGAAGCAACUUGAGCCAGUAUGAGGUCUUAUGUGGAUUUGACACUACAGCAGGCCUGUAUCAGUGAACGUAGGUAUUAGUAAGCAGACAUUUAAUGAUGACAUACCCCCGAAGCUACUCACUAUUUGUUCUGUGAUGCUGCCUCUUUGUGAUAGCUUAAAGAAUGUGUUUCAGAUGUGUUUUCAUCCAGUGGUAUCAAGUAAGGUUAAACCAGCACUGGAAUCAAUUAGAAAAUCAGAAGAACUUCUAAAGUGACUUUUCUCUUUCAUUUGUCUACAAAGCCUCAAAGGUCAGAGCAUCACUCUGAAGGAGGGGUGCGUUUCAGCAUGUUGCUUCAGGGUUAACCUGACAUCUUCAAAUGUGGCCACAGAGUGAACACGCUCAAUAAACAGUUCACUUCUCUGGGUCAACGGGUGUUUUCACUUUCCUGCCAAGUCAGGUGAGAAGAUGAAUGUCACACUGAUAUCAGUAAGAAAGGAGCUAGAGCCAGAAGACCGUUAGCUUAGCAUGAAGAUUAUCAGGUCAACAGGUAGUCUAACACAGAGAUUGAGUACAUGUGCUGUAGCACCUCUAAAGCACAGAGAUACACAUUUUAUAUUUGUUUUACUAAAGCCAUACAAAAAAGGGCAAUUUCACUGUUUUGUGUAAAGAUGCUGAAACUUUUUUUGCGAGGUACAAUGACUUCAUGAGAGGUUUUUAUAUUUAAAGUAUGUUGGGGCGUUUAUAAAAAGACACUUUAUCCUCAGAGAGAGCUAUCUGUUUAUCUUCACCUCUAUCUUUAUGCUAAACUAAUGUUACUGUUCCCUAUACAUUGAAGCCUGGUUUAUACUUCUGCGUUGAAAGUGGACAACUCGGACAACAUACUUCUGUGUUGAGGAUUACCCCUUUUUGACCAACGUGAACCUGGUUUUAGUUCCGGGCUGGUGUUCCCGCUGCUUCGGAGCUGGUUCAACCUGCGAACCAACUCGGCUCCAAUUAGCUUUUCCACCCGCUUGAGCCCGUGGAAGAGCCACGUCAUAACGUCACUUCCACAAGACCGAUUUUCAAAGUAGCAAUAGUACGAACUUUCCCUCACAACAACAACAACAACAACAACAACAACAACGAUGGCAGACAACGUAGCAUGCUUGCUGGUGUUGCUCCUGGCUUUUCAUAAUCACAUGAUGUUUCCUCGACCGACCACUGCUUAGUCUUGGAAUCCAAUAAGCUUCUUCUUUGUUAUUUUUUCAAUGCAGGAAAAUGGCGGAAACUCGUUUGGUUUGUCUUUUUGGUCACGCAACCUUGCCCCUCGCCCCUGACGUAAGCGUUUCGCCGUUCUUAGACCAGCAAAGACUUGGUGCUGCUCUGGAACCUGUUUUCCUGGCCAGGAGCUGGUUCUCUGGCAGUAGAAACACAAAAAACUGGUUCUCAAUUGAGCACCGGCUCCGAACCGGCCCUGAAACUGCCACAAUGGAAAAGGGAAAACUGUAUCCACAUAGCCCUGAAGUACUCCUCUGAAACGCUUGGGGCAGUAUGGUCUCUGAUAGUUGUGUCGCCUGUUUCCUGCCAGAGGAGAUGAAAUGCACGGCAGAUUGAUGGCUAUUCCGGAAGUGCUGUAAAAGCAGGAAAUGCAAUGUCAUCGAGUGGGCCAAUCACAGGGCUUGUGGUCCCCGUCGUUUCGUCGAAAAAGCUGUUUAAGAAACCGCCUGCUACACAUGCAGUACGUACUGAUUUGGCCAAAAUUCAGUAUGUAGUAUGUGAACAAGAGCAAAAUCUGCAGUAUGCCAAAACCCCCCGGAUGUCGAACUGAUUCGUGAACAUUUCUCAGUAAGCAUUGGAUGAGUCUUCCUCGGGUACUGUUUCCCACAAUGCACAGCGCUGACGUACAGAAGCAGUUUCACUAUCAGCUUGGCUGUUGUUUACUUCCGCUUUCUGGAACUGGAGAUCUAGCGAUGCCUGACCCAGCGUACUGCAUAACAGAUCCAACAGAACAGACAUCACUACAUACUCCCUUCAAACGCAGUAUGUAGUACAUACUGCAUACUACAUUUGUAGGUAGUAUGUAGCAGGAGGUCGAUGCAGAAGUAUGAACUAGGCUUUAGUGUGAAGCAGAUUUACUCAACACGCCUGUAAACCAGAGUUAUUUCUGUUAUGGAUUAUACAUAGAAGUUACAUACUGGUAUUAAGUGAGCUGUAGAACUGUAGAAGAUGUUUUUAACUUUGGAAAGUGUAAUGCUUUACAUUUUCUGUUUUCAUCAAAUCUGUAUCUUGAACAAAAGAAAAGGUCUUUUGACAGUAGCUUAAUGUCGAGUUCAAAGACAGGACCGUGGUGUUGAUCUUCUCACAUAAGACUUGGCAUGAAAGCAAAAGUUAGACUUUGCCCGUAGUUGGUCUAAAGGUACCCCUGCCUUUGUGAUGGUCUUGGAAGAGUAUUCUACAAAGCAGGACUAAAUAACUGAAUUUCCUCUCUUCAAAUAGUCCCAUAUGGACAUUUGUGUUGAUUUUGCUUGUAGAACAGCUCCCCACCCUGGGCUUUAGUCUUGUCAAGCUCUUUUUGAAUCUUUUGCUUCAGUGUGUUUGAAGCUCAGAACGCGGUGAGUCAAUACUGGGACCUGUGUUUUAAAAAGGAAGGGUUGAAAGAUGAAACCAAUAUGUAUUUAUACUCAUUUUUUAUGGUAAUGUAAAAAAAAAAGAAUGGCAUAUGUUUUGAAAUGAAACUUGCUUUUAUUGUUAAAUUAAUAAUGCUUUAUCAUUUUUACUUGUUUUUCAUGAUCAAACUGUAUCUUUCUUGUGCCAUCCCUCAUUCGGCUAGAGAAUAGUCCCUCCCCCGGCCCCCGGCUUUGCGUCUGAGGUAGUAAGCUAAUUUGUGAAAAAUAAAUGAUGCACCUUAUUUGAAAUCGCUGUUGACUAAGCUAAAAAUGUAACCUUCCCUCCCCUGAGCCUUCCUUUGGAAUAUCAAUAUCCCACUGUAGGGCUGGUGUGAGAAUCAUUUCAGUACAGCUGGCUCACACGCCAUUAAAAGCCCCAGUGUUUGUAGUCCUCCUUAAAAUAACGCCACACCAAACUCCAUCUCAAAAUCUCGCUCUUUAAUGUCGACCUCUCUUGAAAACUGCACUGAAAUAUGCCUUAGAGACCUGACUCAAUCAAUGACGACAAACACAAUAACAUUGUUCAUUCUUCGAUUCUUACUCAAAUUCUGUUUGUGUGAACACAAAAUGUAGAGUCCUGUUUCGUUCCAUUACCGCACUAUCAGAGUUACUGGAAACGAUAGAUAAGUGGAUGGAUUGUGUGCGUGAAUUGAAUGUGUUUUUUGUCGUGAGCUGUACAAAUAUUAAAGAAAAUGGCAGAGAAUGAACCACUGACCAAAAUGAAAGUUUUAAUAAUGAGGUGAACUAUUCCUUUAGAGACAAAGACCUAGAGCUGGGCGAUAUUGAAAAUUAUGUUAUCACGAUAAAAUAUUUCCUAUCGGUCGAUAUCGAGAAUUAUCACGAUAAAUAUGAAAGCAUUAUUUCCUUUAAAUUUAAAGGCAGAAUUUUGCUCCUGAGUGAAAGCUGAAGAAACCAGACAGUUUGUUAGUUUUUACCUGGAUUUAGUUUUCUGAUAAGCUGCUUGAAUCCAUCAUUUCUGACGGUGCUAAGUAAGUAAGAUUUCUAUGUUUUCUUCCAUGUUGCUGUCGCUUGUUUCAGCUCUGAUUAAAUUCCGCUCCAAAUGUCUUUAAGCCCCGCCUACCUCUCAACCUGCAGCAUGAUUGGCUGUUCAAUGCUGUCUUCUUCUUUUGUCUAAUGUUUGGUGGCAACUAGCUUUUAAAGCUCAUUAGCACCAUUCCCUUUCCAGUGGUUGGGAGGUGUAAUUACAGGUUUAAAUAUAUCAAACUUUUAUCAAACAUUUGUUUAUAAUCAUUUUGAGAAAAAUUAUAUCACGAUAAUUAUCAUUAUCGAAUUAUCGCCCAGCCCUACAAAGACCCAAAUAGAAAUGUUGAUUCCAGAAUUGACUCGCUCCCCUCUCUUUUUAAGCGUAAAUGUUGAGACACGAUUUAAAGAAAGGAACGACAGGCACUCUGUUUUCUCUCUGAGUAUGGGGUUUGGUGUGACGGGCUCUUGUCUUAUGAAUAUGGUAUGUUUACAUAUUGUGAAAUGAGUGACGUGGACAGAAAAGACCACAAAGAGUACAUUUAGAGAUUAUUUUCUCUCUGAGACACUUUUCAAUAAAUUGCCUUAUUGUUUGAAAGAUGCCAUAGCCCAGUUUGCUUGGAAAAAGUGUAAUCCCGCAGUCUUUCCUGUGAGCGACUAAGCCUGACUGCAUUGAUUAUGGGAUGGAAGCUACAGGUGCUCAUAAGUAAGGCCUCUGCGCUUUGACGGAUGUUUGAAUAGCAGACUGAAGCGGCUUUCCCCACCCGGUGUCGUCGUAUUCAAGUGGUAGUGCUUACUCUGAUGGGGUGUCCUGUUGUGGCGUCAGGGUCAACAUGUCUACAUGUCCUGUGUUCCCCAAUCUUCAUCCCAAUAAAGCUCUAAAUAAGAGGACUGAAUGCUGUUGUAUCAUUCUCAAAUGUAGUUAUGUUCAAGAUUACUGUAUUGCCCAUUUCAGAAGUUAGUGCCUUUUUUGGACAGUAGACUGUUCUGUAAUUAAGAUGUAGUAUAUAUACUUUUUUUGUACAGUUUCUUUGUUCAUUUUUUUAACUUGUGUUUAUUUUAGUUUGAUAUAUAUAAUGUAAAAGAGAAUAAAGCUAUAUCAAAGAGA